AUGCCAAGGGGACGAUCAAGCCUUUCAGCAACUUCUCCAUCCUCAAGUCCCGCUUCAACCCGGACCGAAAUCAAAACAAGCUUUGCAUGGCCUGGAUACCCACCGCCCGCAGGCGGUGUCUCUGGAGAUGCUCUUUACUCCUUUGAACCUUAUCUUCUUCUGCUAGCUACCCUUCCGUUCAUUACGCUACCGGUGUAUGCGAGUCUGAAAAAUGGGACGCCAGUGGAAGGCUCGGUGAGACAGCCGCUUGCGUGGCUUGAGCCGCAAUUGAAUAGAUUGUAUAUCUCUUCGUUGAUGGCUCCGGCUAGCGUCAAGCAUUCCCCUGUCGACCUAUGGGGGAAUAUGAAAGUGCCCCUUAUGUCACAUUAUACCUCUGGCCAGAUUAAUGGAACGGGCUGGUAUAAUUUUAAAGUCUCCAAUGACAAGAUACCAUACUCCUCACUGAUAGGGAUACCAGCAGCAGAGAUAUCCCAGGAAGGGAUUACGACGUUCAGCAUGGAAUCAUCGUACUUCGACAUUGACUGUUAUAACUUGAGCCUCUCCUCAUAUAUCUCACCCCAGGCAACUCUUACCACUGCUGCCAACGCGGACGGUCCAAUGACUAGGGCAAAGCGUCUCCCCAAGCUCCUGAAAACACCAAAGAACACAUUUUACGGCCACAAUGACACCGAGUCUUCAUUGGCCUUUGGCAUCGACGGUUAUGUUGACUGGGAUUCUGGUUCUUUGGCAACGAUCCGAGAUUUAGGGAUGUCCUCUUUCAUCGGAAACGUCACCGGCAGUAAAAGGACGUUCUUUAAACAACAACAAAAUUUUCUAUUUGAAUCUAAACUCCGCUCAGGUUUCUAUCGGAUAAAGAAUCCCACAACCGUUGCGCAUUGUAACAUCAAAAAGAUAUACGUCGAAUCUGCUGUACGAUGUAUUGGAAAUCCUUCCCACAAGCCUCGAUGCUCCAUAACUGCGAUGCGGGACAGUCGGCUCUCGCAUCAACCCGCAGAUAUCACCCCUUUCCUGUUCCCAGCCGUAUUUAAAGCUUUCUUUACUUCUCUCGCUCAUAAUAAUGACGGUACUUACUCACUGACCGAAAAAUACCUCAAUGACACUGAUACGCCGCUCCUGGUGCAGGACACUGGCAUGGAAUUAUUCCGUCUCAGCAAGGAAACCUUUUCGCAAAGACUUACACAGUUAAUCAACACCUACUAUCUCGGCAGUCUAUUUCCGAGCGCGAUAGUAGGCGGGUUAGAUGCCCAACUUCCAGUGUAUACGUUGUCGAUGUAUACAAAUGAGCCUAUCACUCGUACCACGGCUGGAUUGAUCUCUACCCGAAUGCAGGACUUGUAUUGUACGAACGUCAAAGGGUUGGCUGUCUUUUUCAUCAUGGAUGUGGCCAUGUUUGCUGCCGCUGCAAUCUCCUGCGUACUAUCGUACUCGACCCCCACCCCUGAUGCGCUGGGAUACAUUUCCAGUUUGACCUUGAACCCGUUACAGUCUCCCAAUUCUAUCAAAAGAUCAAUAUCAGAGAAGCCAAUAAAGUUAGGAAGGUGA